GAUUGAAUCCACCUCCUGCGAGACGACUUCGCUACCCGUAACUACAAAUACCUCCAGAUACUAACUACUCAUUCGUGCCAGCUACUACUGCGUGUUGAUCGUCAUAUUUGGCCUCGUAUUAUCUAAUCGGCUCAUUUGUCUACUGUUAUUACCGCUACUACCAUCAUCGUGGUAACUGGCUUACACCCGAUACCUCAUGAAGCCUAUCGUAGUCCUUGAUGAGCUCCUUGCUGUUGCAGAGGCUUGGGCAGCAGUUCCUCUUAAGCUAUUCGGCCCCUGCUCCCACGCCUACGCCCAUGACUACGGGCAUGACGAUGGCGAGUACGGCGACAGCGAUCUUAGCAGAAACAAGACGUAUCCUCUAGCACUCAUAAGCCAACUUACAACCGAGCUAUCAAGCGCAAUAACUCAAGAAGCGCUGUUCGACCCGAUACUGGAAUGCCAUAUAUGCUUCGAAAGCCUAGAAAAGUCCGCUAAUACUGCCACGAGUGUCUGGGAGCUUCGUCUCGAAAUCGCCCUUGGCUUUUUGUAGCUGCCCAAUGUCCUCCAACAUCUCGAGUAGAUAUACGACCGAGUCCAUCGUAUUAGAGAUAAAGCCGACUCCUUUUUCUCCUCCUCCUCCUCCCCGGAGUACGCAUAUACUAGUCGUAAUACCGAUCUAGCCCGUCGGUAUGUACAUGUCUCGUCGGACGGCUUUAUAACAGUUAUUAACCCCGGUACUGCGGAGGACCUUAUCAAUGGCUAUAACACCAUACUCCUUACGACCCUGCUUGGAAAUAGCCACUGUUAAUUCUUUUGUGGUUGUUAUUCUAAACUAAACCAGGUAUUUUACCUAGUUUGUUAACUCCUAGUAACGCUGAGUGACGGUAAAGUACACGAGACCCCUGGUCUAGUAUACUUUCUUGAAUACUAGUACGAUAGUGGUGGCUUAGCCCGAGACGACGGUGAUGGAGCCGACGAUGACGAACCGCCCAUGGUCGCGUUGGUCCGCGAUUUCGCCGCACUGAAUUCUAAACUAGACCGUUACCU